AUGAAGGCGCAGCCGCUGCUACCGGCGGUGCUCAAGAGGCGGAGGGCCCCCCGCGUGGCGGUGCUGGCGCUCGUCCUCUGCUCCCUGCUCGUGCCCUUGGCCUUCCUCUUCGACGGCGCCCCUUCCGGGUACGUGACGACGGAGGAGCGGCGCCGACAGGAGGUCGUUCUGCCUAAGUUCGAUCACGAGGAGAAGAGGCGUCCUACUGGCGCUGACAGAGAGCGACAGGAUGCGCCGGAGAGGAAGAUCCCUAGAAGUAGUUCAGGAGUCAUUCAUCAACAAACACCGGAGAAGAACAUCUCCAAAAGCAGUACAGGAGUCAUUCAUCACCAAACACCGGAGAAGAACAUCUCCAAAGUUCUUCCAGCACCAAAAGUUGAACCAUCAAAGGAUGUGACGGAUUCAACUAAAGUCGCAAGAGAUGCUAGCCAAGAAGGUGAAAAGGCUGAUGAAGUGGAAAAGGCAAAGUCUUGUCAACUUGAAUUUGGGAGUUAUUGUCUCUGGUCCAUUGAGCACAAAGAAAUAAUGAAAGAUCAUAUAGUGAAAAGGCUAAAAGAUCAACUCUUCGUAGCACGCUCAUACUAUCCAAGCAUUGCAAAACUUCAAGGACAGGAAGCUCUGACUCAGGAAAUGAAGCAAAACAUACAAGACCAUGAAAGGAUUCUUAGUGUAUCAACAGUUGAUGCUGAUCUACCAUCCCUUAUCAACAGAAGGAUGAAGCAGAUGGAGCGAACAUUAGUGAGAGCCAAAUCUUGCACAGUAGAUUGUAAGAAUGUUGACAGGAAGCUUCGCCAGAUACUUGAUAUGACUGAGGAUGAAGCUCAUUUUCAUAUGAAGCAGAGUGCAUUCCUCUACAAUCUCGGUGCCCAGACAUUGCCGAAAAGUCAUCAUUGCCUAUCUAUGAGGUUGACACUAGAAUAUUUCAAAUCAUCUUCAUUGGAUUCUGAUGAUUCUCCUGGCAAGUUCAGUAGUCCAGAAUACAGGCACUAUGUUAUACUAUCUAGGAACGUUAUUGCGGCUUCUGUAGUGAUCAACUCAACUGUGACCAGUUGUAAGGAGCCAGGCUACCUUGCUUUUCAUAUCCUAACUGAUGCUCAGAACUUCUAUGCCAUGAAACACUGGUUUGCCAGGAAUUCAUAUAAAAAUGCAGCUAUCCAUGUCCUAAACUACGAGGCCAUUAUUUUGGAGAGACUUCCAAAGUAUACUAUCUGGCAGCUGUAUUUGCCAGAGGAGUUCCGUGUUCUCAUUAGGAGCAUUAAGCAGCCUACUGAAAACACAAGAAUGAAAUACCUGUCACUUUUCAGCCACUCACAUUUCAUUAUUCCAGAAAUAUUCAAGUAUCUAAACAAGGUGGUUGUGUUGGAUGACGAUGUAGUUGUUCAACGUGAUCUGUCUUUCUUGUGGAAUAUUGAUAUGGGAGACAAGGUAAAUGGCGCUGUCGAAUUUUGUGGUCUGAAACUGGGUGAAAUGAAAAAUGUCUUGGGUAAAACAGCAUAUGAUCCCAAGUCGUGUGCAUGGAUGUCAGGGGUGAAUUUGAUUAAUUUGGAUAAAUGGAGGGAGCAUAAUGUUACUGAGAACUAUCUGUUGCUCAUGAAAAAGUUCAAAGUCAAGGAUGAGCUGUCCCUCAUGAAAGCAGCAGCAUUUCCUCUAAGCUUGCUAUCCUUGCAACAUCUAAUAUAUCCCCUAGAUGAAAAAUUGACCCUUGCUGGACUUGGAUAUGAUUAUGGAAUUGAUGAAGAGGUUGCGCGGAGAUCUGCAUCAUUGCACUACAAUGGCAACAUGAAACCUUGGCUUGAAUUAGGUAUACCGGACUACAAGAAGUACUGGAAGAGGUUUCUUGUCCGAGGAGAUCGAUUUAUGGACGAGUGCAACGUAAAUCCGUGA